UCUAAUAGGUACCUAAUCUGUGUUGUGCCAGUUGCCACAGAUUAAUAGAGAAAUUGGUGUGGUGUUUAGCUUUAUGGUGUGGACUAUCUGUCUUGCUUUGCUGUCUUGUUUGAAAAAAAAAUCAGAAUUUGCAAAUUUGUAUAAGCAUGUGUGUUUAAUGUGAAUAAACUCCAAAAAAUCAUCUUUAAUGUAAUAUUAAAGGUUACAUCUUAACAAAUAUGGCUUUACCAGCGGCACAGCCGGCUGAAAUUCUACGUGCGUUUCAAAAAGAUGAUCUCUACGAGAAACAACUUGCCAGUUCCUUAGCCAGACUUAUCCCCUCAUAUCAUGCAUCUAAAGCUAUUCCAGUGUCUUCAUUACUGUACAAAUCCUUCACAACGCUCAAGGACUUGCAAACUUUGGGAGAAGAAUAUUCUGGAAUAAUUCAAGUUGAUGAGACAUAUCACAAACUACCUUCAUAUAGCAGUCGUCUUUUUAGUAUUUUACUGUCAGCAUUCGGAGAAAACUUUACAAGGAGAUUACUUGUCCACAUGGAAAAGCAAAUCUUACAAAAUUCAUCAUUGAGACCACAAGCUCAGAAUCUAAUACUGGUUGUAUUAAAAACACUUAAUAUUGUACUCCCACAAAUUGAAAGUAUACAUCGGGCAUUGUCAUACAUAAGUGGAGGUCCUUUGCAAAUUGGUAAAACAGUUAUGGGCAUAAAUUAUGUACAUGUUCGGCCAGCGGCAGCAGCAUAUUAUGCUCAUUUACGUUUGUUGGGCAUAGUUACUUUGUUACAUGCUCUUAUAUCAUGUGGACAAAGUUUUUACCAAGCUAAAAAGCACAUGGAUGAGAUGUCAGACUUUCCUAAUGAAGUUGACAGCAGUAAAUCAUGUAUUGCAUGUUUGGAAGAGAUAGUCCAACCUUGUGUGUUACAGUGUGGCCACUUAUUUUGUAUGCAAUGUUGUUACGGAGCUUUGGAGAGCUGCCCUUUGUGCCGUACUCCAUUUACUAAGAAUACUGUUGUGCCUUUGAUGAAUUACAACCCAAGUUUAAUAUUAAACUAGAUUUUUUUUAUUGAU